ACCGAUCCUUUAUUUCUCCCCAAUUCUUUCACACUAUGUAGCCUAAUAAUAAUACCUCACGGCCAUAUCAUCAACAACCUCUCGUCCUUUUUGUUCUCUCGCUGAUAGGAGUCUUGCCGGACUUCUUGCUUCGUCUUCUUCCUGAUUCAGCGGCCAAACGUGAGAACUGGGGAAGCUUGGAGCAAUCAAAUUAUGGAUGCCACCGCCCAAACAGGGAAAAUAUAUGUCGCUGUGAGUAAUGAUCUUCAAGAUGGAAUCAAAACCUUGAAUUGGGCUCUCAAUAAAUGGAAAUCUUAUCCUAUUUCCAUUGUUAUUCUCUACGUGAGUCACAAUACUUCCAAGGAUCAUGUUACUACCCCUUUUGGCAAACUCCCAGCAAGAUCUGUGAACGAUGAGAUGCUACCAGCUCUCAGGAAACAAGAGCAAGAGAAAAUCGACAAACUUCUUUCCAAGUACAUAUCUUUCUGUGGGAAGGUGCCAGCUGAAAUACUUGAAGUCGACAAAUUUGACGAACCUAUUCAAAAACGUGUAGUAGACAUGAUUAUUGGUCUAGAAAUAACCAAACUCGUCAUUGGAUUUUCAGUGAUGAAGCCCUCCUGGAAAUCACGAGGUGCCAUAAGCGGAUUGUUCUAUAUUCAUCAGCAUAAGCCUGAAUUCUGUGAACUGUUCAUUUUAUGCGGAGGGAAACAAGUAUUCAUGAGAGGACAGAACGAUGAGAAGACCAUGGAGGACGAUAAUGGGGUUGUGGUUGCCAGAAUGAGAGACAAGAUAACAUUCAAAGAUUGGUUAGAUAAACUGUUGCCUGAGAGAAGCCAUUUGGAUUCCCCAGACUAUCGUGGAUCAGCAAAUUCUUCAUCAGCAAGUAUGGAAUCCCCAGGUUCACAGAACCAGUGGGAAUUCUAUCUCCAAGAGAUUGAAACUUAUUUCCAGGAUUUGUUGUCUUCUCACAUGAAUGAUGAACAAUUGAGCCUUGAGCAUCAAGACAGUGACGUCUCGCGGAUUAGUGGAGUUGAGCCAGAUGAUGUCAGGGAACAGAACAAUUCUAAUAUGAGAGGAGCGGAAAGAAUUGAGAUGUUGAAAAGAAAACUGGAGGAGGCACAUAAGAUGAUCCAGCUGAAGAGGAAAGAAGCUAAGGAUCAAAGUGAUAGACAUGCAAAAGCUGAAUGGGCUAUUUGUUUAUGCAACGCUCGGGCUCAAGAACUUGAAGGCAAAAUCAAGGAAGAGAUCAACAUGAAGGAGGAGUUAGCAAAAGAAUUGGAAGCAGAAAAGGAAACCAUAUACGAAACCAGACGUGAUAUUGAAGAGAGCAGAAAGAGGUUAAGCUCACUGUUGGAGCUUCAAUUGGAGCUCUCAAACAAGCUUCAGAUCUCCACACAGGCAAGGUCACAAGCUGAAAUUCAAUUGGAGAAUGCGGCGAAUACCAGGUCGGAGAUGGUGGCCGAGAUCGACGAGCUUAGGAGACAAAGAGACGUGCUUUACAGAAGGAUCGAGUUUUGCAAAGAAAAGGACGCCAUCGGAAUGGCGGCGAGGCUGACGGAACCCAGUUUGAAUUUUAGAGAGUACACGGUCGACGAGAUCAGGUUGGCCACCGACGACUUCUCCGACCGCCUCAUGCUGAAGUCCGGUGGUGCCGACUGGACCAACGUUUAUAGAGGAAAGAUCAACCAUUCCACCGUAGCCAUCAAGAUCCCCCCUUCCAAUCAUGCCUUGUCACCCCAAGAAUUCCAAGCUCAGGUGAGACUUCUUGGGGCUAUUCGGCAUCCUCACGUGCUGGCGAUGGUGGGAUUUUGCAGUGAACUAAAAUGCAUAGUUUUGGAAUAUAUGAAUAAUGGCAGCUUGAGGGACAUGCUAUUUUCCAGGAGAAGAAACCGAGCCUUACCAUGGCAAGACCGAAUCAGGAUAGCCGCCGAAGUUUGUUCGGGCUUGGGCUUUCUUCAUUCGGCCCAGCCCAAACCCUUCAUCCAUGGGCACCUGACGCCUUCCAGCAUCCUUCUCGAUCGCAACCUCGUUGCCAAGAUCAAAGGUUUUGGGUCCAACGAAGGCAACCCACAAUCUGAUGUAAGGGCCUUUGGAGUUUUGAUCAUGCAUUUGCUGACGGGAAGAAACUGGGUGGGCCUGGUUGAGGAGGAGAUGAAGAUGGGAGAAUCUUUGAUGAAGGUUUUGGAUGAGACUGCUGGGCCGUGGCAGUUGAAUGUGGCCCAAAAGCUAGCAGACUUAGCCUUGAAGUGCAUGGGCUUUCCUAAUGGGCCUAAGCCCAAGGAAGGGCUAAGCAUCGGAAAUGUAAUGCUGGAACUAAAUGAGAUCAGAAGAGAGGCUAAUGACGAAGGUGCUAGAGGAGACACAACAAGAUUUAGCGGAGGUGUAGAUAAAGAAGAGCUUAUGGAUGUGCCCAACGUGUUUCUUUGUCCCAUACUUCAGGAGGUGAUGAAGAAUCCACACGUGGCAGCGGAUGGGUUUUCAUAUGAAUUAGAAGCAAUAGAAGAGUGGGUGGGUUCAGGGCAUGAGAGAUCGCCAAUGACAAACGCAAGGCUGCCUCACUUGUUUUUUACCCCUAAUCACUCCCUUCGUUCCCUAAUUCUGGACUGGCAAACCAAAAGAUCUUCUCAUUUUAAAUAAUUAGUGCUCCGCUUUGUUCAUUAUGUACAGAGUUCAAUUGAGGCUUAUUUAAGAGAGAAUCAUAAGGUUUGAGAGAUCCUGUUGACCCAUUAAUUUUCACCACAGAAGGAAUCCAAUACACGUGAACCAAAUUAAGGGGAAGUAAUAGCAACAUGGGCAAUCGUCCCAACAGAAAUUCAAAGUUGUAAGAUAUUGGUUCCUUUUACUGCGCUCGAUUUCAUUUGUUCAAUGAAAACAUUUUGAUAACUCUAAAUGAUUAACAGGCUAGCUAUGCCAAAGGUGAUCCCAAA